CAUGUUGACUCGAGCUCAAAAAUACAUAACUUAGUUUUGAUUUUGAAAUGUACAUUUGAAGUGACGUUUACUAUUACGAAUUUUAUGUUGACAAAAGAGAAUUAACGUCAAGUGAAAAAGAUGAAUACAAAAGACCCUAUCAUUUGCUCUCCAGGGCAACGACUUUGUCAGGCAAACAAACAAUACAUUGCUGGACAAGGGACAUACGAAGAACUUGGGUAUAUAUACUCAAAAUUUGCUGGAACUGUAAAAGUCAUAGAGAAAGAUGAAACAUAUACAAUUGAGGCGCAUGGACUGCCAGACCCGACCAUUGUUCCGGCUCCAGGAGAUAUUAUAACUGCAUUGGUAACAUUAGUUAAUCAAAGAUUUGCCAAAUGCGACAUAAAAUGUGUAGGAGAUGUUACAUUAAGCAAAAAGUACAGAGGUAUUUUAAGAAGAGAAGAAGUCAGAGCCACAGAAAAAGAUAGAAUUGAGAUGUACAAAUCCUUUCGACCAGGGGACAUAAUCCUUGCUCGAGUUCUACCAAUGACUGAAGCACACACAUUUCAACUUACAACUGCUGAAGAUGAACUAGGAGUUGUUAUUGCCGAGAGCGCCGAAGGAGCACAAAUGGUCCCUGUAAGUUGGACAGAAAUGCAGUGUUCCAAAACAUCCAUCAGAGAACCUAGAAAGGUGGCAAAAGUUGUGCCGGAAGAUGUAGCUCUAGGAAAAAAAUAAAAUUACUGCAUGCAUCAAUUGUACAUAGUUGAACGUAAAGAGUAGAUUUUACUUUUUUAAAUUGUCAAACAACGAAAAUAAACAUUGAAUUACUUUUGUAA